AUGUCACAACAGACAACAAACAGGAACAUAGUGAAUGAUGUCACAACAGACAAUGCCAGGAACAUGGUGAAUGAUGUCACAACAGACAAUGCCAGGAACAUGGUGAAUGAUGUCACAACAGACAAUGCCAGGAACAUGGUGAAUGAUGUCACAACAGACAAUAGACAGGAACAUAGUGAAUGAUGUCACAACAGACAACAGACAGGAACAUAGUGAAUGAUGUCACAAAAGACAACGGCAGGAACAUAAUGAAUGAUGUCACAACAGACAACAGACAGGAACAUAGUGAAUGAUGUCACAACAGAUAACGCCAGGAACACAGUGAAUGAUGUCACAACAGACAGGAACAUAGUGAAUGAUGUCACAACAGACAACAGACAGGAACAUAGUGAAUGAUGUCACAACAGACAACAGACAGGAACAUAGUGAAUGAUGUCACAACAGACAACAGACAGGAACAUAGUGAAUGAUGUCACAACAGAUAACGCCAGGAACAUAGUGAAUGAUGUCAAAACAGACAAUGACAAAAAUAUUGUGAAUGAUGUCACAACAGACAACAGACAGGAACAUAGUGAAUGAUGUCACAACCGACAACGCCAGGAACUUAGUGAAUGAUGUCACAACAGACAACAGACAGGAACAUAGUGAAUGAUGUCACAACAGACAAUGACAAGAACAUUGUGAAUGAUGUCACAACAGACAGGAACAUAAGGAAUGAUGUCACAACAGACAACGGCAGGAACAUAGUGAAUGAUGUCACAACAGACAGGAACAUAAGGAAUGAUGUCACAACAGACAACGCCAGGAACAUAAUGAAUGAUGUCACAACAGACAACGCCAGGAACAUAGUGAAUGAUGUCACAACAGACAGGAACAUAGUGAAUGAUGUCACAACAGACAACGUCAGGAACAUAAUGAAUGAUGUCACAACAGACAGCAGACAGGAACAUAGUGAAUGAUGUCACAACAGACAACAAACAGGAACAUAGUGAAUGAUGUCACAACAGACAAUGCCAGGAACAUGGUGAAUGAUGUCACAACAGACAAUGCCAGGAACAUGGUGAAUGAUGUCACAACAGACAAUAGACAGGAACAUAGUGAAUGAUGUCACAAUAGACAACAGACAGGAACAUAGUGAAUGAUGUCACAACAGACAGCAGACAGGAACAUAGUGAAUGAUGUCACAACAGACAGGAACAUAGUGAAUGAUGUCACAACAGACAACAACAUAGUGAAUGAUGUCACAACAGACAGGAACAUAGUGAAUGAUGUCACAACAGACAACAGACAGGAACAUAGUGAAUGAUGUCACAACAGACAGCAGACAGGAACAUAGUGAAUUAUGUCACAACAGACAGGAACAUAGUGAAUGAUGUCACAACAGACAACAGAUAGGAACAUAGUGAAUGAUGUCACAACAGACAACAGACAGGAACAUAGUGAAUGAUGACACAACAGACAACAGACAGGAACAUAGUGAAUUAUGUCACAACAGACAGGAACAUAGUGAAUGAUGUCACAACAGACAACGCCAGGAACAUAAUGAAUGAUGUCACAACCGACAACGCCAGGAACAUAAUGAAUGAUGUCACAACAGACAAUGACAGGAACAUAGUGAAUGAUGUCACAACAGAAAACAGACAGGAACAUAGUGAAUUAUGUCACAACAGACAGGAACAUAGUGAAUGAUGUCACAACAGACAACAGCAGGAACAUAAUGAAUGAUGUCACAACAGACAAUGCCAGGAACAUAAUGAAUGAUGUCACAACAGACAACAGACAGGAACAUAGUGAAUGAUGUCACAACAGACAAUGCCAGGAACAUAGUGAAUGAUGUCACAACAGACAACAGACAGGAACAUAGUGAAUGAUGUCACAACAGACAACAGACAGGAACCUAGUGAAUGAUGUCACAACAGAUAACGCCAGGAACAUAGAAUGAUGUCAAAACAGACAAUGACAAAAACAUUGUGAAUGAUGUCACAACAGACAACAGACAGGAACAUAGUGAAUGAUGUCACAACCGACAACGCCAGGAACUUAGUGAAUGAUGUCACCACAGACAACAGACAGGAACAUAGUGAAUGAUGUCACAACAGACAAUGACAAGAACAUUGUGAAUGAUGUCACAACAGACAGGAACAUAAGGAAUGAUGUCACAACAGACAACGCCAGGAACAUAGUGAAUGAUGUCACAACAGACAGGAACAUAAGGAAUGAUGUCACAACAGACAACGCCAGGAACAUAAUGAAUGAUGUCACAACAGACAACGCCAGGAACAUAGUGAAUGAUGUCACAACAGACAGGAACAUAGUGAAUGAUGUCACAACAGACAACGUCAGGAACAUAAUGAAUGAUGUCACAACAGACAGCAGACAGGAACAUAGUGAAUGAUGUCACAACAGACAACAAACAGGAACAUAGUGAAUGAUGUCACAACAGACAAUGCCAGGAACAUGGUGAAUGAUGUCACAACAGACAAUGCCAGGAACAUGGUGAAUGAUGUCACAACAGACAAUAGACAGGAACAUAGUGAAUGAUGUCACAAUAGACAACAGACAGGAACAUAGUGAAUGAUGUCACAACAGACAGGAACAUAGUGAAUGAUGUCACAACAGACAACGCCAGGAACAUAGUGAAUGAUGUCACAACAGACAGGAACAUAGUGAAUGAUGUCACAACAGACAACAACAUAGUGAAUGAUGUCACAACAGACAGGAACAUAGUGAAUGAUGUCACAACAGACAACAGACAGGAACAUAGUGAAUGAUGUCACAACAGACAACAGACAGGAACAUAGUGAAUGAUGUCACAACAGACAGCAGACAGGAACAUAGUGAAUUAUGUCACAACAGACAGGAACAUAGUGAAUGAUGUCACAACAGACAACAGAUAGGAACAUAGUGAAUGAUGUCACAACAGACAACAGACAGGAACAUAGUGAAUGAUGACACAACAGACAACAGACAGGAACAUAGUGAAUUAUGUCACAACAGACAGGAACAUAGUGAAUGAUGUCACAACAGACAACGCCAGGAACAUAAUGAAUGAUGUCACAACCGACAACGCCAGGAACAUAAUGAAUGAUGUCACAACAGACAAUGACAGGAACAUAGUGAAUGAUGUCACAACAGAAAACAGACAGGAACAUAGUGAAUUAUGUCACAACAGACAGGAACAUAGUGAAUGA